GAUGAAAUAAGAAAUAGACGGCAACACCAGAGAACAGAAGGAAAUUUGGGACGCUUGCUUUAUUGAGCGACUCGAAUAAAUAGCGAGAAUUCGCCAAAAGCCGGUAUGCUGCCGUCCACUGGCCUCUUUAAGGGCUUCUUGUGCCCUUACUUCGACAGCAACGAUGAAUCGGCCUGCCGUCGUCCUUUUUGUCACUUUAAGCAUGCCCGCAAAGACGAUGUGGAGGCCGCUCCUACUGCGGAACCCGCUUCCGUGCCAGAGUACAAGCCGGCGCCCAAGCUGCUCUCUCUUCCGCUGCCCCAGAUUACGCUGAGUGCUCCCAAGAAGAAGUCAAAUUUAGAAUACCACCCGGAGAAGCCGGGUCUAAACGCCUCGCCGGCGAAGAAGAAACAAGAGGCGACCGUUGACCUUGCCCCCAAAUAUGUCCCGGGUCAGCCAUCCGCCACAAAUGGCGACGGAACAGACGAUUGGCAGGCGGAUCUUGAUAGAGAGAUUGACGAGCAAAUGCAAGUGGAGAUUGAAGAGCCAGACCAGGGCGACCUUGGCGACGAGGAGAUUCAUCAGAAUGUUAAGGUGGAACAGGAUGAACAGGAAGAGCAGCAGGAGCCGGAGGAACAGCCAACGAGCGCAAGAAGGACCCACAAAAGGGAUCACAAGUCCAGCAAGGAGCGAGAAAGGGACAAGGAAAAGGAGAAGGAAAAGUUCAGAGACCGGGACAAAGAAAAAAAGGACAAGGAUAAAGACAGGGAUAAGUACAAAGACAAGGAAAAGGAUAAGGAUAAAAAGGACAAGGAGAAGGGAAAGCGAAAGUCAUCUCACACCGACAAAGAACGUUCUAAGGAGCGACAUACCUCUAGUUCCUCUAAGCACAAGUCUUCCAGCUCCUCUUCCAGCAAAAAAUCCUCCAGCACCGACAAACAUCGCGACGAGAAAAGCUCCAGCAGGCACAAAAGCAGCUCUUCAUCAACCACCUCUAAAAGCAAUCACCACAAAUCCAGUUCCUCGAGUUCACGAUCCAAAUCUAAGAGCAGCUCGUCAUCCAGCAACGCCACUGGCCCAUCGAAAAGCGAACCAGAGGCGGAAAAAGAAACUGAAGCUGCUGCGGCGCCACCAGAUCACAUUGAUGACUACCAGGAUGAUCUGGACUUUGACUUCGAGAUGGACACCUCGGAGGGGGAAAUUGUGCGUCAGUGUGAGAUGAUCUUUGACGAGAUGGAGAAAAAAUUCGCCCAGAUGCAUAAGGAUGAUAACAACGAAGGCAAUCCUGAGACCUCACGCAAACGGAAGGCUCCAUCGCCGGACAUUGACACACUCACUGAAGCAGCGACUGCGGCGCUGCAGAAGCGACGGGUGGCCCACGAGAACGCGGACAAGAUAAAGCCCCAUUUGGCUCCUUCGGUAGCAAUACGCAAGCCCAAUCACGUUCGCAAUGCAAUGCAGGCGAUCUUCGAACGGCGGGCAGAGCUUCGCCGUCAGGAAAAACUGCAAGCCGAAGCUGCUGCCGAGCAGCUUAGACAGGCCCAGGAGCGGGUGCGCCAAGCGCAGGAAGAGCUUCGCCUGGCCAAGGUUAACUCAAAUCUCACGCCUCUCAUCCCGCGAAGUGCUUUGACUCCUCCAGUGCGCUCAGCUCGCAGCAUUGCCCCCGUGGCCAACAUAGUGGCUAUUGCUCGGGCCAAAAAGAAGAUCGAGGAGCUGCAGGCCGAGAAGAAGCCCGCCUUUACACCUGCGCAAUCCUUCAAAGGCGCCGGCCGAGUGGCCCACAAACCCACGGUUGCUUUGGACAAAGCUGCUCCGGUGGCCAACGAUGCUAGUGCAGAAAAACCAACUGUACUGGAACCCAGCAGCUCUAAGAUCUCCUACAACGUGCGCAUUCAGUAUUACGAGAUGAUGGUGAAGCACUGCACCGUCAUCUAUCCGCAGCUAGCAGAUGCCUGGGAACGAGCCCAGGUGGAGGAGUUGGCCGUCUUCAAGAAGUGCAACACGCCUGCCAUUUACAAGAACAGCUGCAUGCUGGCGAUCAACAAGCUCCGCAAGGAGGCCAUCGAGGCGGGAAACAGACCGAGUGUGGCCAGCAAGACGGUGUCUCAUGAAAUGAUGCUAGGCGGCAAGCGAGCGCUAACCACCUCAUGGAGCGUUGAAAAAAAGAGUGGAAAACUAAGCUCCUUGGGCAAUGGCGAACCUUUCGAUGCUUUGGACGCAGAAAAAGCAUACGAAAUGGUCUUCGAUCUUCGCCUGACAGAGGAACAGCUGGUGGAGAAUGGAUAUCCGCGUCCUGGGGAAAAGCGCGGCUCAGCGGUGAUACGCGCCUGCCGUCCGAAUAGAAGACCCAACCAGAGCGAACGCUACUGCUCCCGCUGCGGAAAGGUUUUCAGCUUGGACAUUUACGAGCAUCAGGGCUUUGACAUGUGCAACUAUCAUCCGAAGAGCACGGGCUACCGGCGAGGAUUUACGGAUAAUCAGCACCGUUGCUGCCAGCAGCCAGCUGGCACUCCAGGUUGCACCUAUGCCAAUUACCACGUAAGCGACUACUACGAUCCGGAAAAGCUCACCUGUUUUGUAAAAACAAUCGAGCGGGGUGAUGAAAUAGUACCUACCAAAAAGGACAUAUUCGCUUUGGAUUGCGAGAUGUGCUACACUACUCAUGGAAUUGAAUUGACGCGCGUCACCGUAGUGGACAUAAAUGGACGCAGCGUUUACGACGCCUUGGUCAAGCCGGACAACCAGAUUGUAGACUAUAAUACCACCUACUCGGGCAUCACAGAGACCAUGCUUGCGAAGGAGACGCGCAACAUACGCGACGUUCAAGCCGUGUUGAUGUCCAUGUUUCAUGCCAAAACAGUGCUCGUUGGUCACAGUUUGGAGAGCGACCUGAAGGCGCUUAAACUCAUUCAUGACGUUGUGGUAGACACCUCGGUGCUGUUUCCUCAUAAAAUGGGACCACCAAAGAAGCGCGCUCUUAAGACCCUAUGCAUCGAAAAUCUGAAGCGUAUCAUACAGGAAAACGAGGCCGGCCACGACAGUGCCGAAGAUGCGGAGGUAUGCAUUCAGCUCAUCAAGUACUAUCUUCGCAAUAAAAUCAGUUGAGCUACAUCUUUUUCACUAACUUCAGAAGUCUGUUCAAACCAUUACAUACAUCUGUUUAUAUGUAUACCACACACAUCAACAAAUCAAAGCCUUAGCCUUAAACGACCCAUACUUUGUAAGCUAAGUCUUUAUUUAUUAAUAAAUCAAUAAGUAAAGGAAAGUA